AUGUCCUCCAAACUUCAAUCCACAGGCUCCAAAGCCAAGGACCACCAGCCCUCAGCCCAAGAGAGUCUGCCAGCCCCAAAGGCCAAUGCUGAAGCCAUCCACUUCCUCAGCAACCUCAAGCAGGAGGAGCUGCAGAUGCUGCUAUUCUCCGAGACUCUGGCCAUGGUCUCAGACACGGGGGAGCCUCAGGGAGAGCUGAUCAUUGAGGUGCAGGCAGGGAAAUACACAGACGAAUCUGGUGUGAUGUCGCACUGCCUCCUCGUGCACGCCUUUAGCCGCAGCUUCAUGGACAAAAUGCUCUGUGGAAACUCCCUCCUGGGCUACCUCUCAUGGAACCUGCAUAUCAUGGAGCAACGUAGUCAGGAGUUCAUCAAGUUCCGCGUCCUCCCCAUGGAGCGGAAGAUGAGUUUGGUGAAGCAGGACGACCAGCUGGCCAUGACCAGAAGGGUCAAGGAGGGUGAGGAAGUCAAGACCGAAGUGACUUUUGUCCCGGGGAGCUCAACCAUGGGCUUCAUCUCCGAGGCUGCCAACCUGGUGUUGCUGAGGGUGAUGGCCUGGCGGCAGACCGUGCCCAGCAGCGCCCGUUUCCUGGCCUUGGACACGGAGGGCAAAUUCUGCUACUCCACUUACCAAGAUCUGGGCUUCCAGAAGAUCCAGGUGGGCCGCCAGCAGGUGGAAGUGUUCAUCGUGGAGCAGACUGUCCACUCAGUUAAAGGCAUCCCCAAUUCCUGCCAGUUCUACCUGCUCUCGGAUGGGCACCUGGCCAAGAGAAUCCAGGUGGGUUGCCCCGGGUACUGCAUGAUCACCCAGAUGCCUAUCUUGAGGGAGAAGGAUGAGACUGAGCCUGGCCCCGCAUUUGAGAAGAAGCCCCUGGUGUGGGAGGAGGAUAUGGAACUCUACUCGAGGUUCGUGGACCGGAAGGAGGAGCUCCGUCUCAGCCACACCAGCUAUCUGCGGCAGCACCCCGAGGCCCAGGCGCUCAUCUCGGACUUCCUGCUCUUCCUGUUGCUGCGCCAGCCGCCAGACGUGGUCACCUUCGCCGCCGAGUACUUCGGCCCCUUCGCGAAGCGCCAGCCCCCCAUCCCCGCCUUGCGCUCCUCCCACCGCCCCAGCCCCUUCCGCUCGCUGGACCCCAAGCUCCCGCCGCACUAG